UUGUUUUCUUUUCAUUUCAAAUUGGAAGACUCUUAUAUAAAUACAAUCACCACUCUUCAUCUCUCUCUCACUCUUCUUCCUUUCCCUUUCCCUUUCCCCAUUCCUUCUUCUUCUUCUUCUUCUUCUUCUUCUUGCUAGCUCUAUCAAAAUCCAUGGCUUUAAACGCAGAAGCUCCAGAGUUUUUUCCUAACUACAAACUACAAAAUCCUCAAUCUCACUGCUACCUUUUCUCUACUCUCCCUCAUCGUCUACAUCCUUAUUUCUAUUACUACCCUAGUGCUUAUAAACAUCCAUUUCCUUUCCACUUUCAUCCACUUCCAAACCACCUACCCACUUUUCCUAGGUUUGAAUCCGAAGCUAAACUACCGACCCAUUUUCAUGGCAGUUUUGAAAACCAUGAACAAGUGCUGAAAAAUGACAUGGUGGUGGAGCCAUUUAUCGAGGGUGAUGAUUCAAACAAUGUUUUUCAUGAGGUUGUAAGUGGUGGUGAAAUGGAACACCGUCGUUCUCAUGGGGUCAGAUCCGGAGGUCGUCUUGAGUGGAGGAGGAAGAGAGGACGCAAGGAUGUUGAACAAAAAGAGAAGAAAGUUAAUGAGAAACCUUUGCUGAGAAACAACCGCUACGGCCAUGCAAAAAAUAUUCGUUAUCAUUGUCACAAGAAGAAUAGUGGAGGUGGUUUUCCAUUGGUUCCGGUUCAGAAGGAUGGUAAAGAAACAACGGUUAUGAUUAAGAACAUUCCUAGCAAAUAUACUCGAGAUAAGUUGUUGGAUUUCUUGGAGGAGUUUUGCAUGCGUGAAAAUGCCAAAGAUCAAGCCAAUGGUGAAGAAAGUACUUUUGCUUUUAAUGCCGUAUACUUGCCUAUUGAUUUCUGUACUGAGUUAAACAAAGGCUAUGCCUUUGUUAAUUUCACCAAGCAUGAGGCAGCUUGGAAAUUUCAACUGACAGCCUCUGGGAAGAACUGGGAACACUUCAAUUCCAGUAAGAUAUGUGAUGUGGUUGCUGCACGCCUCCAGGGAAAAGAGAAGCUAGAGAAUCAUUUUGGAAGCAUGGUUUUUCCCUAUUCGUCCGAGGAAGUUCUGCCACUGUUCUUCAGUCCACCUCGGGAUGGUGUGACCAAAGGAAACCAGAGGACAAUGGGAAAGCUUCUUAAGCCUUAUUAUUAGUUUGUUUUUUUUAGCAUUUCAUGUGUGUUGUAUAAAAGUUAAUUAGGUUAUGGACCAAGUAUUUUGUUGUGUUUAAUUCCAAUUCCACUGUAUAGUUGGGUGGAGCUUGGCCACUUUAUCCCUUCAAAAAUCUUGAAGGAGGGUUGUGUGGUGGGGUCCACCCUUCUUGUGGAUAGCUAGCUAGGCACAGAGAUGCACCACGUCUUGAGCCGAUGAAUGAGGGUUUGGUUCGGUUUAGUCUUUUCUAUGAUGUUUGUGUUCGUAAUGAAAUUUGAUUAUGAUGUUUGUUUGAACUUGCUAGGUUUAGUAGCUUUUUGCCCUACUAUGUACGAAUGCUUUAUCAUGGGAGAAUAUAACUAUAUAAUAUUGUCUUA